CGCCCACUGGAACAUGUGCUCCUGCAGCUGCUUCCAGGUUGCCUCUUUACAGUCUUUACCUUUUACCUCUGCGUAAAUAAUCCAAUUAAUUGGACAUAUAGUUUGCUAUAAGUUAUGGUAAAAUAUUUUUUUAACUUGGCCUAUAUUGGGACUAACUUGAGAGGAGUCUCUAAAAAUGUGCAAGAAAUAAGUCACUGCUUCGAUUCUAAUUCUGUGGCCGGUCUUCUUGAACUUGCACUGGCCAGAUUGUUUCCUUCCCAACCAGUUGUUUAUAUUUCUAGCAGGACUGACGCUGGGGUCCAUGCCAUUAACUCAAGUGCUCACUUUAGAGUGAAAGAACCAUCUGAAACUCAAAGACAGUCUUGCUAUAGUAUUGCAAAUGAAGUGAAUAGAUAUUUCCUUAAAAACCAAUGCGAUAUUCGUGUGAGUAAUGUCCGCAUCGUGCCUGAGGAAUUCCAUGCGAGACACAGUGCCCAGUCACGGACCUACCUUUAUCGUUUCGCUGUGAUCAAACCAGAGGCGCAAUGCUUGGAUCCAAAGAUAUAUGGCAAGCACUUCCACCCAACACCUAUUGUUGAAAAUAAUCGAUGCUACUUUGUCUUCAAUUCCAUAUUUGACUAUGAAAAAGUGCAAAAAGCAGCUGAGAUCCUAAUUGGAGACCACGACUUUGCUACUUUUAUGUCCAAACCCACAUCUCAGGAUAAUAUAGAUAAAAAUACAGUAAGAUCUGUUUAUAAAUUGGAAGUUCGGCCUGGAACACCAUUCAUUAGUUCAUUUUUCGACCCUGUUGUGGAAAACUGGAAUUACUGGGAGUUGUUUUGCCACGGUAAAUCGUUCCUGUACAAGCAAGUUCGACGGUUUCUAUCCACUCUCAUCACGGUUGGCCAGGGAAGAAUAUCUAUUGAAGAUGUGCAACGCAUGAUUGACGAGCCUGGCAAAGACAGCUGGAGCUCUAAAAUAUUCCUUGUCCCUCCUCACGGCUUGUAUCUCCUCAACGUUGAGUAUAAUCCUGAGGACUUCAUUUUUAAACAAGAGAAUGGAGAUAUUACUGCAAGAGAGGAGGAAAAAGUUGAGAGUGACGGAAACAAAGGUGACUUGCAGUGAUGGAAGGGUUUUUGUUGAAAAAUGCAACCAAGACGGAACUCGAGAAGCCACGCAACAAGAAUCAUCUGCACCUGGUUUUGUCGUUGACACAAAGCCAGACCUUCAGGUUGGCUUUGUACUUCCCCAGCUUUUGGUUGGAUCGCAAGAUGUAGUGUCGGAUAAAAAUAUGUUAGAAGCUCUGAGAGUGACUCAUGUCCUUACGGUUGGUGUUCCUGGCAUCGUACUGCCAAAGGACGACAUCAAGCA